GGUCAAACUGAGAGGGUGGGGACUGAGAGCUGAGGCCAGCAAGAGAGGGGGAGAGAUUGGUAUAAGGUGGGGGUGUGUGCGUGUGUAUUGCAGUGUGUGCAUUGAGACGUAGAGAAAGUGUAAACAAAGCCGAAGACAAGGCCGGCUCCUUCCCUGCUCUGUUUUAUUUGUAGCAUUCAUUUUUUUUUAAAAGAAAAAAACUAUUUUUCUUUUCUUUGUGAUCGUUGUUGUUGGUGUUUAAUGGGACUUGGAUUCACUCGCUUUGUCUUUUUUCCGUUGAAAUAUUCGUCUUCAAACUGAUCGGAUGGAGAAGAGGUUGGGGGAUAGAGAGAGACAGAGUGGAAGAUAUCCAUAAAUCUGGAUGUCGAUGUGAUGGGAUAUUGGUUAUAAUCGGAUUUGAAUAUGAACCAGCAGAUUGAGCUUGGGUGCGUCUGAUGUUUGUUUCUGUUUUGGACUGAAAGGAUUUUUAAAAGCCGGAUUUUUUAUUUGAUUUGGGGGAUGGGCUGCUUUCCGUGUUUCGACUCGAAGGAGGAGGAAAAGCUGAAUCCCGAGAAGGUAAGCGAUGAUCGAAAGCAAGUCCGGCCCAUGGUCCCUUCUGCCUUUUCCGGAUUGCCUUCUGGAGCUGACAGAUUUAAAUCACGAAGCAAUGUAGGGUACAAAAAGGAAUCACUUGGUCCCAAGGAUGGGCCUGGCGUCCAUCCUGGUGUCAAUAUUGCUGCUCAAACAUUCACUUUUCGUGAGCUUGCAGCUGCAACGAAGAAUUUCAGGCCAGAGUCCUUCUUAGGGGAAGGGGGAUUUGGACGUGUAUACAAGGGCCGACUUGAGACCACUGGUCAGAUUGUUGCUGUUAAACAAUUGGAUAGAAAUGGUCUUCAGGGUAACAGGGAGUUUCUGGUGGAGGUUCUCAUGCUUAGCCUUCUACAUCACCCUAACCUAGUGAAUUUGAUUGGCUAUUGUGCUGAUGGGGAUCAGCGGCUUCUUGUCUAUGAAUUCAUGUCCAUGGGUUCUCUAGAAGAUCACCUUCAUGAUCUUCCACCUGAUAAGGAACCACUAGAUUGGAACACAAGGAUGAGAAUAGCUGCUGGUGCAGCCAAAGGCUUGGAAUACCUGCAUGACAAAGCAAAUCCUCAAAUUAUUUAUAGGGACUUCAAGUCAUCCAACAUCUUACUUGAUGAAGGAUAUCAACCAAAGCUUUCUGAUUUUGGACUAGCAAAGCUCGGUCCCGUUGGAGACAAGUCACAUGUUUCCACCAGGGUAAUGGGCACUUACGGUUAUUGUGCUCCUGAAUAUGCCAUGACUGGACAAUUGACAGUAAAGUCUGAUGUCUACAGUUUUGGGGUAGUCUUUUUAGAGCUGAUUACCGGACGUAAGGCCAUCGAUAGCACCAGACCCCAUGGAGAACAGAAUCUUAUUGCAUGGGCACGUCCAUUGUUCAAUGACCGUAGAAAGUUUUCAAAAUUUGCUGAUCCACUGCUACAAGGAAGGUAUCCAAUGCGGGGCCUCUACCAGGCUCUAGCCGUGGCAUCCAUGUGCAUCCAAGAACAGGCUGCGGCCCGCCCUCUCAUUGGGGAUGUAGUCACUGCCCUCUCAUAUCUGGCAAACCAGGCAUAUGACCCUAAUACAACUUAUGCUCACGGCCAUAGAGGUUCUGGUGAUAAGGAUGAAAGAAGAGACAGAGACGAGAGAGGUGGAAGGAUAUUAAAGAAUGAGGAAGGUGGAGGAUCUGGUCAUAGGUGGGACCUCGAAGGGUCUGAGAAAGAGGACUCCCCUAGAGAAACUGCAAGAAUGUUAAACAGGGAUUUAGAUAGAGAACGUGCUGUUGCUGAGGCCAAGAUGUGGGGAGAGAAUUGGCGAGAGAAGAGAAGACAAAUUGCACAAGGCAGUUUUGAUGGGAAGAAUGCUUAGUGUCGGUGUGCACUCAGGGUUACCAUGUUCCACUUUGGCUGUAUUCCAACCGUCUCAAAAGACCAGGUGAAGAAAUGUUGGAAUCUGAUGUAUCUCUUACCUGGUGCCAUUCAAGCUUAUUAGCCAUUUCUUACCAAUGAGAGAGAGUAGAUGGGGGUAAUUGCAAGAGGACUUGGUGCCCAAACAUUCCCUACACACCCCCCCACCUUUUUUUUAUCGAACUUGAAGAAGGGGAAGAAAAAAGAAGAAAAAAAAAAAGAGUAAAAUAUCUGUAGGAGAAGGGACGUAUUUAGAAAUUUUGAGAGUAAACACGUCUAGUCAUUUGAUGUGCUUUCUUCUAGCUCUUGUAGGUUUUCUUCGAACAAAGAAAACAUGUUUGUUACUUCUUCUUGAGCAACUUAUCAAAAUAAUUGACUGGCUACACUGUUACACAUGUUA